AUGGAGGCAAUGCCAGUUGCUAUGAAGCUUGUUUAUUGUCUCUGCCUGUUAUUAGUUCCGGCUUCCUGUGAGUACAUUGUGGACUGGCUGCGGUGCUUAUUGAUGGGCUUGGAAGAUGAGGUGAAGGCGAGUUUUUGGGAAGAUUUGGACGAGGUGGUGAGAAGUGUGCCUAGCGCGGAGAAGAUCGUUAUAGCAGGGGACUUCAAUGGGCACAUUGCGGUCCUAUCUGGAGGCUAUGACGAUGUGCAUGGUGGUUUUGGCUUCGGUGUUAGAAAUGGCAAGGGAACGGCCCUGUUGGAUUUUGCGAGGGCCUUUGAGCUGGUGGUUGUGAACUCGAGUUUCCCGAAGAAGGAGCAUCACCUGAUUACCUUCUGA